AUGUCGGCACCGUCGAGUGAGUUACUUUAAGCUACUUUUUUUGGGUCGUACGGUAACUCUUUGCUGCUUAUUACGUCGGAGGAAACUUAUUUUGAGGAUUGCUCCGAAAGCCCUUUAGGCAAAAAGACAAGGGUCCUCCAAGGGGCUUUAUUGUCUUCGCCGAAGCAUACGGUAACUACUUGUUAUUACUUUGGAACCAUGACUUACUAAUAAGAGAUUCGGAGAGGAGAAAAUUGGUAUGACAAAGGGUUACUGUAGCCGGCGUUCCGACCAACUUUUUAGUCUCAAAAAUCAGAAAUUUGAAUAUUAAAAUUUUGCAAACCUUGAAAUUAAAACAUCUAAAUUCUAGGCCGAAUUUUGAUGGACACUCCGUGUCGAGUCUGCCACGACAAUUCCUCCGGUAAACAUUAUGGUAUCUACAGUUGCGAUGGGUGCUCUGGAUUUUUCAAACGAAGUGUCCGAAGAAACCGCCAAUACGUUUGUAAAAAUAAGGGAGGUGCAGAUGAAGGGAAGUGUGUGGUGGAUAAGGUUAGAAGGAAUCAAUGCCGUGCAUGUCGCCUCAGGAAAUGUGUGGAAAUUGGGAUGAACAAGGAGGCUGUUCAACAUGAACGAGGGCCCAGAUCAAGGUAACUAAGAUAAUAAAAAUGAUUCAAGAUCCUGAUUCAAAAUCAUUGAAAAUAAUUUUAUAAUGCCUUAUGUGUAUUUUCACACCAUUUCCAGCACCUUGAAAAAGAUGGCGAUGAUGAAUCGCUUCUCCUCGCUGACCUCUCAGAUUUCCCCACCGAUGGCUCCUUUGGAUAUUUUUAAUGCCAAAAAACCAGCAAAUCCUAUGCUGGCGUUUGCAAAGAUGGCACAGAAUCUACGUCAGAACCUGUUUAACCAACUGCAAACAUCACCUGGAGGCUUUCUUUUCAAUGGGAAUACGAAUAACAUGUUCGGAGUCAUGGGAAAUUUGGUGAGUUUUCGGAAUUUUCUCUUUUUUUAGAAAAGAAAUGGAUACUUGGGUGUAUAAUAUUAUGAUGUCUUAAACUAAAAUAACAAUUUGUCAGAGCUAAGAACACGUUGGUGCGGUAUGAAAUGCAUUUUUUGGACAGUGAUUACAUUACGCAUGACCCUUUCUUUGUUUUCGACUUUUUAAAUAAUUAUUUUUCUUCAAUCCUUAUUUUAAUUAAUCUACAAUGUAAGCAGAAGUCCGAUAGAGUAGCUUGAAAACAAAAAAAUCCAGAUUUACCUCUGAAAUCAAAAACAAAAAGUAUAUUAUACUUGACCUCCAGAUCUGUGAUCUCAUUUCAAACUUUUGUGAAUUCCGGAUCCCAAAUCCCCUCAUUCCGCCAACCGUACCCACCUCCGACCUCUUGAACGCCCCGAGUACAAGUUACUGAGGGCAAACAGAGAGAGAGAGGGUUUAGAGUAGUGGAUUGGGGUCAUUUUCCAAGGUGAAGAUCCUUCAGAGAAUUGAGAAAAAAAGGUCAUGGCGAGCAUCGUCUUUCCACUAAUGCAAACAAACUCUCUGCAUGGACACAGUUUAAAUUACGGAUGUCGCAAUUAAGUGAGGAUGGCCGAUUUCCGGCUGAGAGUGGCGAAAAGAAAUUAUAAAAAAAUUAUAAACGGAGAGGACAAGGACGGAAAAUAUUGGAAUUCUUGAGGACUUUGAGGGCACAGCGACUUGCUCACAACAUUUUUAAUAGCAGAAAGAAGCGGAGAGUCUAAUUUAAAAUUAUCAGUAGCAGAUUUAACAGCUAAAUUAACAUAAAAAUUUAAACUUUGUGACUUUUUUGCGGUAAGCAUCCGAAACAAUGUCGGGAUUACGAUAACUUCCCGACUGGCUUUUUGACUUUAAGCGUCGGCACUCAAGCAUUAGCCAAUCAGCGAAGAGCUGGGGAAAAAGAUGACUUUUUGGAGAAAAUGGGAAACCUUGAGGAGGGAAUGUAAAAUAAGAAUAACUAGUGGUUAGUAAUACUAAGUCAAGACAUUGAUCUUUAAUCUACAAGACCUUUGAAUACAUAUUGAAUUGAGUUUAUGAGGAAAAGUAAUGUGUAUAUGUACAUAUACAUGUAGUGUUUACAAUUAGUCAUCAUUUCUUUGGAAUUUUAUAAAUUUAUGGAACUGUCUGCUAUAACUUCUUAUAGCUUUUCGGCUUUUGAGAUUUCAUAUUUUCACAUGAAAAAUUCAGAUUUAUCUCUCUUAGAUUCUUUUUAUCAAAUUUCUAUCAUUAAUGUCAUGUAUAAUAUUUAUAAAAUACUCAUCCCCCCUUUUUUGCAGAACAAACCAUCAACUUCUGUGUCCGUGGACGCCUGUAUGCUUCGGCUGCUCAGCUGGGCCCGCACAUUCCUCUCUUUGUUCCCGACAAUCGGGCAGGAUGAACAGGUAAAUAAUUAAGGGAUUUAAUUUAUCCGAUCGGCUUUUUGAUGGCCAUGCAAGAUGGAUGACCCGGGACGAAAUGUCCGCGAUCCAUUUUCCGGUAAUUAAUUGGCUGGCUUCUUAAUUUAUUUUUAAAACAAAGUUGAGACUCUCCGGGUUAUGGUAAAAAUUUGAAAUUUAUAUUAUGCAUGACAUCUGACACAAAAUUUAAAAUUUAUGGUAUCAUGUACAACAUUGUGGGUAUAUUUGGAUGGCAAUGCCCUUGUAACAUCCGGUCCUUUGUUAAGUGGGCUGGGGACCACUUAAGCCGGCCCACAAACACCUCUCAAAGAGUGCGCGAACAUCUGGGCAGGGGAUGAACAAGGUUAAACAGAAGUGAAGAGGGGCAAUAUUGAAUACCGAUUAAGCAAUUUUUAAUGGGAUUAGCCCUUGUUUUAUGUGUGGUGCAAAUAUGGGGCAUAUUAAGCGACAUUAGACUUCAUAAAUGGGACAAAACUAGAAUUAUCAUCAAAAAUGCCAAGGAUAAUAUAAAAUUAAUGUGAAAAGCUCAAUAAUCCUCAAAUAUGGAAACUGUUUUCAGCUGCAAAUCAUCUCACAAUGCCUGGGACGACUGUUUCUGAUCAGUGCAUUUGAAGCGAACCUUUUGUCAUCCGGGAACGCCCAAGCCAUGGACGAAUCUGAUCUCAAGGAGCAGAUCAGGUCACUUAUUCUGCAGUUGGAAGAGCUUCAACUGGACGAAACUGAGUAUGGAUAUGUCAGGAACCUAGUCUUACUCAAAGGUAAAUAAUUUUAAAGAUUUUUUUACAAAUUUUUAUUUUUUGUGAGUUGUAUGUGCAUAUUAUACUAGUGCAAUAAAAAUAAAUACCAAAUCUUUUAGAAAAGUACCCCCAAAUGGUGCAAAUGGUGCAGCCAGCCCUGGCCCAGCACCAACAACUCCGCUAUCCCAGCCAGACGAUGCGAUUCUGCCAGUCGAUGAUAUUCAUCGACAAAUUGAACCAAGUCAACAACUCCGAUCUCCUGAACACCCUGCGGCUAUUAGUCUCCACCAAAUCCCCGACUUCUUCGAAUACCGAUUUUGCGAGUCUGUUCUCCACCGACCUGAGCGUAUCUUCCCCAUCCAACACCUCGGAUGAGGAGGAUUUGGAGGAGGAUAAGAAAAGCGAGAGAUCAGAGGGAAUGGAGAGAGUGCUCAAGAAAGAGAACAAAUCCAAUUCCUUCUCGGUCUCCGCUCUCACUGGCACUGAUCAGAAUGUUCAUUAA